AUGAUCUCAGAGCAACACACAGAUGUUUCAAGUGACGAGGAGAAUCGUACUGGUACUCGCGAAGGGCCCGAAUAUGAUUACUACUACGAGCUCAAAGCGAAACGAAGCAAGCGCAAGGAGGAUCACGCAGUUGAGAAGAUGAAAGAGAAGGCUAGUCGACUUGAAGUUCGAAAGUCAAACCAAGUCAAGCAGAUCUUUGACAGGAUUCAGAAGGAGGAAGCCGAACAUCCCAAGAAGCCCUACGAGAAAGAGGACAUGUUUGUCCGAGGCAAGCGGUUCGGCCUCUACUCGGCCGAAUUCGUCAAAUAUGGCUACACUGGAGACUCCACGGACAGGAUGCCAAGAACUGUCGAAUUCUACCAUUACCCCGACGUGAUAUACGGCCCCAUGCCCAAAUCGUUCCGUAAACCGUGGUACGACGACGGGGAACUCGAAGGCCAUGUCGACAUUGACAGCGAGGAGCAUCAUUUCCAAGGCUUGAUAUCCACCCGACGCGGAGGUCUCAAAAAGUUGACCGUUAAGACUACAAAGGGAGAAAAGCUGGUUUUCCAGUUUCUUGACAGUGACCAUCUCAUUUUGAGGACGAGUCGCGACCUGGCCUUUGCGGACCCUCGGCCGGGGGAAGAUGCUGCCCCCGAAACUUUUGUCUUUUAUGGGAUUGCAGAAGGCGAGUCGACGGGAACGCCAGAUAUGUGGAAUGAUGAAGAAGAAGAUUCAGAUGAUGGGUAUGGAUGGUAUUAA